UCUGCUGACCUUAUUCAUGGCGCCCUGACCCGCCCCAGCGCCAGCGGGAGACCUGCAGGGACCGGGCGGCCUUGGGAACCGGACCGUCCCGAACUCCUCCCCAGGUCCCGUCCCGCCGCCGGGCAGGAGGGACCAGACAUUGCCGCGCCAGGAAGGAUCUUUGGGUGGGGGUUUUGUUGCUGGCCUGGAGCGAGAGGUCUGGGUGUUAAGUCCCCGCAGUUUGGGCCAACGGAGCGGGGCCGAGCGCCGGGGAGUUUAAUACCUGACCGGGAAGCUUCUGGGGACCGCUCCGAUGGAAAUACACUGUAAGCACGACCCGUUUGCAGCAAUGCAUAGACAUGGAGGAGUGAAUCAGUUAGGGGGUGUUUUUGUGAAUGGUCGUCCACUCCCUGAUGUUGUCCGCCAAAGGAUUGUGGAACUUGCCCACCAAGGUGUCAGGCCGUGUGACAUCUCCAGGCAGCUACGGGUCAGCCAUGGUUGUGUCAGCAAAAUUCUUGGCAGGUACUACGAGACCGGGAGCAUUAAGCCUGGAGUGAUUGGAGGAUCCAAACCAAAGGUCGCCACACCCAAAGUCGUCGAAAAAAUUGCAGAGUAUAAACGCCAAAAUCCCACCAUGUUUGCCUGGGAGAUCAGGGACAGGCUUCUGGCCGAGCGAGUGUGUGACAACGACACCGUACCCAGCGUCAGCUCGAUUAACAGGAUCAUACGGACUAAGGUACAGCAACCACCCAACCAGCAGGUCCCAGCCUCUAGUCACAGCAUAGAAUCCAGGCAGCGAAUCAUGCACAUUGACUCAUUCUCACCACACGCCAGGGUGGUGUAUGAGGAUGGAUGGGGAAACCACAGGAAGGAGGCCUCCACGGGAUCCGUGACCCAAGUCUCGACAGUGAGCACUGACUCCGCAGGCUCCUCCUACUCCAUUAGUGGAAUUCUGGGAAUUACAUCCCCCAGUGCUGAAAGCAACAAACGUAAACGCGAUGAAGGUAUUCAGGAAUCUCCAGUACCAAAUGGCCAUUCCCUCCCGGGUAGAGAUUUCCUACGGAAACAGAUGCGAGGAGAUCUUUUCACCCAGCAGCAGUUAGAAGUGUUGGAUCGAGUCUUCGAGAGGCAACAUUAUUCUGACAUCUUCACAACAACUGAACCCAUCAAACCAGAGCAGACGACAGAAUAUUCAGCCAUGGCAUCAUUAGCUGGCGGAUUAGAUGAUAUGAAGGCCAAUUUAACAAGCCCUACUUCCGCAGAAUUAGGAGCUAGUGUUCCAGGAGCACAAUCCUACCCUAUCGUGACAGGUCGUGAAUUGGCAAGCACAACCCUCCCAGGAUACCCUCCUCACGUCCCCCCUGCUGGACAGGGCAGCUACUCUGCUCCAACACUGACAGGAAUGGUGCCUGGGAGUGAGUUUUCUGGAAGUCCAUACAGCCACCCACAAUAUUCAACAUACAAUGACUCCUGGAGAUUUCCCAACCCUGGAUUGCUAGGCUCUCCUUAUUAUUACAGUGCCGCAGCCCGAGGAGCGGCGCCCCCAGCAGCUGCUGCUGCCUAUGACCGCCACUGACCCAAGGAGUCUGGAACUCCAGCACUUACUAAACAUAUCAUCCAGGCUGACGGCAUCUGAUUCACCAUGAAAUAACCAUGCAAAUCAGACUGCAAGGAAGGAAGACAAAAGUAUCCAGUAGGAACCCGCUGGCUGAAAUUUUACUCUUUAAACUGGGUGAACUAAUUAUUAUUAUUUUUUAAGUCCAUGAAAUUCUGACGAUAUUAACUAGGCUCUCAUACAAAACAAAGAAACGGGAGAAACCAGUUCUGCUGCCCUUCCAUCUGAUUUGAAAGGUGCAGUAGCUGCAUCCUACACACAGCCUACUGAUCUCGCUGCCUCUGGUUCUCUCAGCUGCGCCUGGGGACCGGAAGCAGUUCUGACUUUGAGCAGGCCAACUUGGGAUGUCUCCCUUAAGGUGCAUUGAUGCAGGCUGUGUGACUCAACAUGAGCUGUCUGGCUUUUUUUUUUUGGUAAAUAAGGAUUGGUCUGCUCAAUUUACACAGCACCACUGUAAAUAACUUGCUUCCUUGUGUUACUUUUGAGAGUGGCUUAGCAUAAACAGCAACAUGGUACAAAUUAUGAACCGAAAAUGCAUCUGAAAAAUGUGUUUUCAAACUGGUGCACUGAUUCAAAGAAUUCAGUAAGCUUUAACCGACUUUGAACCAGGUUAACAUUCAUUGUGGCUAUAUGUGGGGCUGAUGUUAUUUCUAUAUACAGCGUCACAGUGACAGUCGUGUGUGAACAUGCUAUGAGCUGGCACGGAACACACGAGCAACUGAAAGACAUGGGCGGUUUGUGACAUUUUACUGCUAAAUAUUUAUUUAUGUUUGUUUGUAAUCAUAACUAGCACUGAAACAAAUUCUCUGCUUUCAAGUUAAACCACAUCAGAGAAGGAAUUCCUAAUUAAUAACCAACCCCUUAUGUACAACUAUAUAGAUUACUUGCAAACACCCAAUUAUUUCUAUUUUGUAAAGAAAUGAGAAAAAUCCCAAGGUGAUGAUUUUUCAAAUUGAUAUCUCAAACAAUAUUACAUUCGGGGUCCCAUGUACACUGAAACAUACAAACACUGCAUUACAAAUCAAACAGAUGGGGGACACACAUUUUGGGAUACCUAUAUGUUUAAAUGAAGACAUUUCUCAAAGUCAUUCCUUGUACACAGUGGGCUACAGUAAAUCCAUUCCAUUGGAAUCCAUAAAGUUACACUGGGGAUGAAUUUGACCCAUUAAUUCUGUAUAUUCCCUCUCUCUCUCAAAGAGAGAGCAUUAAUAGAACCAAGUGACAUUGUGUUCAAUGUUCUCUACUUCUCGGAGCUAAUGAACAGAAGAGGGCAGCGUACAAAUGAUUGGUUAAGCUAGUACAUCAAUCAGCACCAAUUCAACGGAACCAUAUCAACUACUCAUUAUUUCCCGAAGGAAAAGCUUUUUUUAAUCCUGUAUGAUCAGCAGACUUCUCAUCUGCAUAAAGGGAAAAUUAGAAGUGUUUCCACUGAAGACAAUGGAAAACUCCCACUGACUCACAUGGGCUCAGGAUCUGGUUCAUAGCCUUGCGCAGAGUUGCCAUAAUUAGUGUGAAAGGGACAAAUUCUACCAUCCUUGCACUGGUGAGCACUUACAGUCUGUAGUAAUCCCAUUUGGGUCCAUGAAUAAGGGUCUAGCCCAAAAUAGGUCUCCUAUAAGUGGACAAUUGAAGUACAAAUAUUAUUUCCAGAGAAAUAACUUUUGAAUUAUAAUUUUAUCUUUGUGCUGCUUGUUCUGAAUGGAUGUCAGCAAAUCAAAUGGUAGCAAUUCAGUGAGUUUUGGCUGCAUGUUCCUUCCAAAACCUUUGUACUAAAUUUAGUAUGUCUUCUGAUCAGACUCGGAACAGAGGCAUCUCUAGUUUCCAAGGCAGAUAGUCCCUAACUGGAGCCGGGUUCCUGCCCAGGAGUUUAGGUUAGUAAACAUCCACAUACCCACAGAUGAAAUGUUCAGAGGCUAAUGUGAGGAGGAAAGGAGUCCAGGAGAGCUGACUAUAUUUUAAAGAAGGCUUAUUGAGGGCGCAG